AUGAUCAAUGGCGUAUAUUACAAUGAAAUUAGUAGAGAUUUGGAUAUCUCUUCCUCCACUCAAUGUCUUCGGUUUCUCAAAGAAACAGUUAUACCGUCCUUAGCAAAUAAUGGUAACAACAGUACAUCAAUACAGUAUCAUGGCAUAUCGAAGAACGAUAACAUUAAGAAGUCUGUAAAUAAGUUAGAUAAACAAAUCAACAUGGCAGAUAGAAGUUUGGGUCUACAACAAGUAGUUUGUAUAUUCUCUUACGGUCCACAUAUUCAAAAAAUGUUAAGUAUUUUGGAAAUAUUUAAAAAGGGUUAUAUUAAGAACAAUAAGAAAAUUUAUCAGUGGAAUAAAUUAACAUCGUUCGAUAUAAAAAGAGAAGGCAGAAAUGAACUACAGGAAGAAAGGCUCAAGGUUCCAAUUUUGGUCACCCUUGUUUCUGAUUCAGAGAUCAUUGAUUUAAACCUACAUUCAUUCACCAAACAAUAA